AGAAAUAACUAGCAGGCAAAUUCGUUAAUAUAACAUCUUUCUCUGAACAUUUUUGCGUCAUCUCAUCGUUUCGAUUAGUUUUAAUCCUUAUUUAGUUUUGUGUCCUAAUUGAAUGCGCCAAGAUUUUCUCAUUUGUCGCUGUAUUCGUUAAAUAAAUUUUAGAAAUGAAGAAUGCAAAUAUACAAACGUCUUUUGAAAACCAUUGCAGGAUAUGUCGGUGUAAAAAAGAAAGAAAUAAAUUGUUUUCUAUAUUUGAAAGUGAAGAUUUGUUGGAGAAAAUUACUUCAUGUUUACCUAUUACAAUUCAUGUAAAGGACCAACUGCCACAUAACAUAUGUGAUGAUUGUCUGAGUAUGGUUGAAGACUACUUUGAACUCGUCAACAAAGCCAAGUCUUCAGAAGAAUAUUUCUUUAACUAUUUAAGAAAUAGAGGUGCUGAAAGCAUAAAGGUUGAGUCAGCACAUGAGGUCAUAGAAGAAAAUAAUUCAAUUUCAUUAGACCUAGAUGGGUCAUUUCAAUGUGAUCUUUGUGGAAUUCAGUUAUCGGAAGCCAUAGACCUUCACAAUCAUAUACAAGAAAAUCACUUCAACCAGUCUGUACCUCCAAAUACAGAAUUUUCUGUACAUAAAAUUUGUUCCCUGUGUGGUCAGUUGUUUGAAUCUGAUGAGGUGUAUGUUUUGCACAAAUGUGAAAGUCAACACAAGUGUGAAAUCUGCAAGAAGUUAAUGCCUACAAAAUGCUUACUCAAUAGACACAUACAGCAUUCCUGCAAGCCUUUAUAUUACUGUCCUCACUGUCAUAAAACGUUUUCAGUAAAGCCUUCAUUUCUGAAACAUGUUCAGAUUCACACUGGAGAAGCAAACCAAAGUGAUUGUCUUGCAUGCAACAGAAAACUUCACACUUCUGGGGAAGUAACUGAGCACACAUGUGAUCAAAAUCUCAAUGGCAACUCUUCAAAAAAGUACAAAUGCUACAUCUGCGGACAAUCAUACAAACGGCAGCUAAAUUUGGCAAAACAUUGCUUACAACAUGAACCAAGGGCUGAUUGGAAAUUCAAAUGUCAACACUGUGAUGAAAUUUUUGAAAAAGAAAGAACUCUUCAUACACAUUAUGAAAAAAUUCAUAAAAUGCCAAAAUCCUGGAUCUGUCGGUUCUGUGGCAAGUCAUUAUCAACCAAACUCAGUGUACAAAUUCAUGAGCGUAUCCACACCCAAGUAAAGCCAUAUGUAUGUGAAUGGUGUGGAAAUGCAUUCAGGUCAAAAGCCAAUCUUAUCCAACACCAUGCUAAACACACCGGGAUCAGGCGACAUAAAUGCCCAGUUUGUGGAAAGAUGUUUUCACGCACAUUUUUCUUAAAGACCCACCUGCGGGUUCACACAGGCGAGAGACCCUAUCAGUGCGAUAUAUGUGAGCAGAGAUUCACCCAGGUGGGUGACAUGCGGAGACACCGAAAGCGACACGACAACGCUUCCCAAUCUCAGUCACAACCGACCGUCAUCAUUGUGCGGAGAAGUGGGCAGGUCGCUCAGUCAUCUGACCUGCCCGUUGUUGCAUUCGACUCCAUUCCAAUUGAGACUGUCGAAUUGAAAAUUGAAAGUUCACCAGCAUGAAGACGAUUUUAAUUUAAAUACAAACAAUAAUUUGUGGAUUUAAAAUUGCAUGAAUUAACUUUUCUAAGAUGAGUUUGAAUUUUAGUGUGUGUAAUAAACUACUUGUGAAAAUAAAUUAAUUUUAUACUGUGUA